AUGGAGCACUCCAGCAUUACUACCCAGAUACUAACAGGGCACGGUGGGUUCUCUGCAUACCUGAAAAGAUUCGGGUGUAAGGAGAGCUCAUCGUGCACCUGCGAUCCAGACGCGGAGGAAACGGUUCCGCACGUACUGCUGGUGUGCCCUAUUUUUGCCCGGGAGCGCUAUGACCUGGAACAGGAGCUGGGCGUCGAACUCAACAGAGCAAUUUUACCAGAACUGAUGACAGACAAACAGUUAAAAAAGAAAUUUUUAGACCCGGAGUCUCACAAAGAAUGGGAGCAGACAGCUUAUUCAAAAUCAGAGGACGAACUACCAACUUGGGAGAAUUUAAAAGAUUUCCAGCAGUCAAGAUACCGUACCUUAGAACUUGUAUUGUCCGUGUCAGGGACUUGUAGCAGCCGUGACAAACCUGUAAGAGAACGUUCACAUUUAGUAACUGCCACAGCCACCACGUCACAGCCAAAUGAAAGAACUUGCGUGCUCUGUAAAGAAAAACAUACAUUAUGUCAUUGUAAGAAUUUUACCAAACUGCAACCUAAAGAAAGAGCUGAUUAUGUCAAGACCAACAAUCUGUGUUUUAACUGUUUGGUGCCUGGGCAUUCUGCUUACCAGUGUAAGUUACAAAUGUCCUGUCGCUUAUGUAGAAGACGGCAUCACACUCUUCUCCACCGCCAUCAAGACUCGGCACAAACUGAGGAAAGGAAUCAACCGAGUGCAUCUCACCACGGUGUAGAAGAGAAAGAAGAGGUUAUAAAUAGCAUGAUGGCGUCACAUCACAGUACUAAGCAAAGCACAGCACUACUAGCCACAGCGAUGGUUUUAGCGAGGAACGAGCAUAACCAAACCGUUAUUCUUCGUGCGCUAGUAGACCAAGGUUCGCAGGCUUCAUUUUUAAGCGAGAAGGCGGCUCAAAUGCUCAAACUUAACAGGCAACCAGCAAGAGGAAGUAUCAUCGGGGUGGGAUCUACUAGGACUAAUGUUGAUCACGUGGUUCAACUUAAGAUUGGCUCCCGCUGGAAUCCAAGCAUCAAUCAACCAAUCAACAUACAAGCAUAUGUUAUGAGUAAACAGUUGACAACGAAGAUCCCCUCCAAAGUUGUAACUGUCACACAUUGGCCACAUCUAGAAGGACUCAACCUGGCAGAUCCAGACUACUUCCAACCAGGUUCUAUAGACUUACUUCUUGGUGUUAAAGAGUAUGCACAGAUUGUGCAACCAACACUUAUUAAGGGCCCUCCAGGUUCUCCAUGUGCCCAAGAAACCAACCUGGGGUGGAUCCUCUUCGGAGAAAUCGAUAAUAACCGUGAAAAUGAAUCAUUUCUGGUCCUUCAUCAUCAAAUCCAUAUAGAUCAUAUGUUGAAAUCCCUCUGGGAAAUUGACAAUGAUAAAAAGAGAAUAUUAACAAAGGAAGAAAAGCUAUGUGAAACAAUAUAUGAAAGCACACAUACGAGAAAUAGUGAAGGAAGAUAUCUAGUAAGGCUGCCAUUUAAUACAAAUAAUCCAAUUUCGAUUGAAGGAAAUACGAAGGAAAUAGCUAGAAAAAGGUUACUUCAACUAGAAAGAAGAUUUAAGAAAGAAACUAAACUGAAAGAAGAUUAUACAAAGGUCAUGCAAGAAUACAUAAAAGCUAACUACAUGGAAGAAAUACCUAAGAAUGAAAUAAAUGAGAGAAAAUCAGUAUACUUACCUCAUCACGCCGUGGUACACGCAGACAGAGAAACUUCUAAGACACGCGUAGUAUUUGAUGCUUCAGCGAAGGGCUCUAACUGCAUUUCCUUAAACGAUGAAUUGCUUGUAGGUCCGCAACUGCAAGAGGACUUAAGGAACAUACUUAUGAGAUCGAGAUUACAUCGUGUUUGCUAUGCAAGUGAUAUACAAAAGAUGUACCUGCAAAUAUUACUUUAUGAAGAAGACGCCGAUCGAUAUCAACGCCUUUUGUGGAGAGAGAAUGAUUCAGACCCGAUUAAAGAAUAUCGUAUGCUUCGUGUUACAUUUGGUACAGCGGCGGCCCCUCACCUGGCUGUAAGAACGCUUCACCAGGUGGCGGACGAUGAAGGUCGAAAUCACCCAAUGGCUGUUCGAAUUAUUAAAGAAGAUUUUACAUGGACGAUCUAA